UCACAGUGCCCUUGUGGGCUCCCAGUGCGACUGUCAACCGGGGCGGACUGUCCUCAGUUCGAGGGGGGGGGUCUAUGGGCGAUGUCGGCAACCAACCCGACCCGUCUUGAAACACGAACCCCGUCUCGUUAACCACACUUUGAGGGUGUGACUUCAUCACCGUUCAUAUCUAUACAACCAGAGUGAUUAGGGUUUACUUGAGCACAAAGUUCUUCAUAGAUCUAUCCUCUUCGUGUUGCUCCUAAAGUGCACCACAUUGAUGCAUUUAACUUGUAAAUGUUCAACAUUUCAGGGUGAAAAUUCCAGUAUUUUUUUUGUACCGCAGAAAAAUAAAAAAAUUACAAUCUCAGUUUUUUCCAAUAUUGUGCCGCCUCAGCACACGAUAACACUGACUACAAUGAUAAAGCUUCGACCAGGCAGUACAUUAAGCAGUAUAACGCUGUUUCAUGUGAGUUGUUUGAUUUGUUUGGUGUGAGGUUGGAGUGCAAGGCCUGACCAUUAACAGUCUGCCAUCAUAGUGGUCCCAUCUGACGGGUUGGUGGUGUCAACAAAUCCUCAUCUGGGUCUCUCCUCUUUGAAAAUAAUCUCUAAAACUUUCAUUUUGAUGAAGGCAAACCGCAUCACAUUAAUGAUAAUGAACAAACUUCUGCGUAACCUUUUGUAUUCAUCAACAACGAGCACAGCUGCUAUAAAUACUAAAGAAGUGUGUUGAGUAAUAACGGAUUAGAAGUUUAUUUUACAACCACUAAAUCAAAUCUGACAUAUAGACAUGCCGAUGUCCCUUCCUCACUCCCCACCUCGCAGAAUAAUAAUCUCAUCUCACUGCAUAUGAAAAUCUAUAUGAAGUGCAUCUCUUCCUGGUCCUCUCACUGCUUACAGACAGUUGGUAUCUCGACAUAGAGCAGUGUGGUGUUGAACACGGAGACAUGAACUCGACCGGACGUCUGGACAAGUGGAACAGCGCUUUCGCAAAGAACUUCAUCACCUUCGCCCUUGGCUUCAUCAUCAACUGCAUCAACGGAGCGUUUGUCUACACCUACUUUAAGAGCCAGGUCUUCUACAGAGACCCCAGGUAUGUGCUGUACAUCCAUCUGGUGAUAAACGACAUGAUCAUGCUGACGCUUUCUGUGCUGCUGCAGAUCAUGACCUACACCAUUCCCACGAGCCUCGCUUCCUGCUGCAUCCUGCUGCUCAUCUUAGUCACUGCCAACAAGAACAGCCCUCUGAACCUGGCUGGCAUGGCAGUGAAGCGUUACAUUGCCGUUUGUCGACCUCUUCAUCACGUCCAGAUCUGCACCGUGCAGCGAGCCUACGCUCUCAUCGCACUCAUCUGGGUCGUCUCCUUCAUCCCUGCCCUCACAGAUAUCCUCAUCAUCCUCGCCACCCAGCCCCCGUCUGUCUUCUCGAGGGUCGUCGUCUGUUACCCUCUCAACGUGUACACCACGCCGUACCACAAGGCCCAGAGUGUGGUGGUCCAGAUCCUUCUGUUGUCCUUCGUCUUCCUGACUCUCAUCAUCACCUACCUGAAGGUCCUCUGCGCCGCCUGGGCAGUUUCUGGUUCUAACCAGGCCUCGGCCAGAAACGCCCGCAACACCAUCCUGCUGCACGGAGUCCAGCUCCUCAUCUGCAUGUUGACCUUCAUCUCUCCCUUCAUCAAUGUCCUUCUAGCCACCGCCUGGCCUCGUGAAAUAACCAGCAUCUUCUUCACCAGCUUCCUGUUUACCAACGUGCUUCCACGUCUGCUCAGUCCGCUCAUCUACGGCGUCAGAGACCAGAAGUUCAACACACACAUCAGGCUGCACUUCUGCUGCAAGUUCAGCAGCUCUGAAGAAAAGAGGGUGAAGCUGAGGGUGGGAGCCCGGAGAGGGUCCAAACAGGUGUUACACUGAAUGGCCUUUAUAGACUACACCUGCUACUACUACCAUGUUUAAAUAACACUGAACCACACACGCUCAUUCUGGUGUGAACUGAAAGGAUGCAUGUAGACCUACAUGAUCUUUGAAUGGGCUAAAACCUGCAGAACAGAACUGAUCUAAUGCUUUCAGGCCCACUUUUGAUGUGUAAAAGCUACAUUUGGGUCUUAAAGUCACCAGCUAUAAUAGUAAUUGUACCUAUUUAUGAACUGCAGUAGUACAAUACAAAUGUCAGUGUCCCAUAGGGCAGCUCAGGGAGCAUGAAUAAAGAAAAAAGGCCUUAAAAUUCAGUUGCUUUAGCCAUUAUUUCUCAUUAAAAACUGUUUUUAUUACUUUACCUUCAAAUAAUUCCAAACAUAUAAACAGUCUCACAAUAUAAUACUA